AUGGGCAUGAGACAGGCCGUGCUGGCCCUGGCGCUGCUCGGCGCCGCGGCGGCCUUCGCGCCGCCGUCGGCGGCUCGCGCGCUCGCGCCCCUGCGCGCUGCCGACAGCUGCGGCGAGUGCGACGACUGGAACCCCUUCGGAGAUGGCUGCAAGCCAUGCAACGACGGCAAGUCCGUCUUCGUCAACGAGGCGCUCGUGACGUCCAAGGUGCUGCGCGACGUCGACGUCGUCGGCGCCAACGGCCAGCGCGCGGAGAUGUCCAAGCUCAUGGGCGACUCGGGCUCCGUCGUCCCGUCCUACCUCGGGUCCCUGCGCGCGGCCAAGGUCGCCGGGCCCAUCUUCAUCUCCGUCGCGCCGGCGGACUCCGCCGUCGAGAAGAUGGAGAAGUUCCUCGACCUCAACCCGCUCGUGCCGCGGAAGUCGCUCUUCGUCGACGACUCGCCGACGUUCGACGCGUACGCGUCCGCGGGCUUCAAGAAGAUCGGCGACGACACGGCCGGCGGCAUGGCCGCCGCGUCCAAGCUCCAGGCGCCCAAGCUCAACGCCGGCGCCUGGUGGCGCUACCUCACGAACGUCGCCGCGCUGAGCCCCGUGCCCAAGGACCUCAAAUUCGGCGAGAUCCCCGAGGGCGUCCUCCGCCUCGGCGGCACCUUCGUCGUCGACGACGACAAGGUCGCCUUCGCCCACGCGGACAAGUUCCCCGGCGACCACCCGGCCAUCGCCGACGUGCUCCGCGCGGCGCGCAUCAACAUCCUCGACGCGACGGGCGAGGUCCAGAACGCGUAG